GCUCGGGUCUUGGCAACACUGUCCUCCACCAGCUGACCGCCCGCAGCAGCUGACUGAGGUUGAUGGCGGCGGACGAGUAGCAGCAGCAGCGUCCACCCCCGCGAUGGUAUGGCUGUGUCUGCUGCAGGAGGCGUAGUAGAGCGCGCGGACAUGGUCACUAUGCGGGGUGAUGGGAAUAUGGCGGCAGUGACGGACAGGAGGGGGGAUAGCAGUGCCGCGGCCCCCCCUCCCCCCCCAGGACAGUGCCACCACCAGCAACCCAACGGCGCCGCCCCCCACCAUGAGGAGCCGCCCCCCCCGUGGAAGAGUGCCGCCUCUGCCUCCCCUCAGGACGCCCCCGCCGCCGCCCCAAGGAUGGCCAAGAUCAGGGAUGUGCUGGAGAACGCCGCGAGCGUCUCCAGCAAGUGUGUCGUGGAGAGUCUGCUACAACAAGUCUCACAGCUGAGCGAUGUGGAGAAGUUCCUUUUGUACCUGAAGUUACCUGUGGGCCGCCCUCCAGAUACCGACCCGCUCAAGCAACCCCUUUUUCCUAGGCCUCUCAACCCUCUCGGCAGCCGGUGUGAAAUCCAGCUGACCAUUACCUGGAUCAAGACACACCUGGAAAUGAACAGUGAGGUCUCCCUGCCCAAGAGAGAGGUCUACAAUGAGUACAUGCACUACUGCAACCUCAACAACAUCAAGGCACUGAGCACAGCGGACUUCGGCAAGGUGAUGAAGCAGGUCUUCCCCGGCGUGCGGCCCCGGCGAUUGGGGCAACGCGGGGCCUCCAAAUACUGCUACUCAGGGCUCAGGAAAAAGUGGACCCUGGAGCCCCCUGACCUGCCUGACCUCAAUGAUAACAUGGCGAAGAAAAGUGUGCUGGGCGUGGAUUGCGUGCUGGACGAGGGGGAGGUGGACCGUGCCGCAGCCUGCCUCGUCCUGGAGUGGGCCGAGAAGGAGUGUCUUGUCAAAUUCGAGUGCCUGAGAGACUUGGCACUCCACCUCAUCAACAAGAACUGUGUGGAUAACCGCUCAGUGGCCGCCUUCACACUGCUCUCACUGGCGGAUCACAAACAGGGUGUGUUGGUAGGCAGUGGUGGUGGUGGCGGCGGCGGGAAACACCGGGAAACACAAAUUCAACUACAGCGGAAGAUACACGAGAGGGAACAAAUCAGGGAGCAGAAGAGGAAACUGCAGGAGCAGCAGCCGGCAGUGACCAAAUGCAGCGGCGGCGGCGGCAGUGACCGUCCCAAGUCCCGGCGGCGCAGCGGAGCAUCGCGCAACCCUUCAGGCGACAGCCACGCACCCCUCACCAAUGGCACGCCCCCGCCCCCCCCACCACCCUCCAAGCUGGGCUCCAACGCCCCCACACAGCCCACCCCUGUCACCAACGGGAACUGUGACGGAGGCUCUCUGCUGCGCUGUGAGCUGGUGAACGGCGGCGACCUGGGGAGCCUUGGGGGACUGGGCAGCCUGGGGGGCCCAACCAUCAAGCAGGAGCAGCCCCUCGACUUCCUGGACUCCAUCACAGAUGACAAGAUGCUGGAGGCCAAGGCAGAGGCCCGGGGUGUGGGCGGCGUGAGCCCCACGGCCCCGCCCAGCCUGAGGCGCAGCGUCAGCACCCCCGGCGGCGCCCUGGAGGGCAAGAAGACCACCACUGUUGGGAACUGCAAAGUGCCCCUGUCCAAGGCCAGCAAGAAAACACACUUCAUCAUGUCUGGCGGGGCUGGGGCCGGGGCCGGGGCCGGGGUAGGGGCAGGUGGUGGCAAGGCCCCCUCCCCGAAGGCGCGGUUCAAAGCCAUCCAGCCAAGGGCUGACGGCCCUGCGCAGUGGCCAGAGCUGGACGGUGGGGCGGCCGGGGUGGAGGAGGUGCCCCAGCAGCCCUCACGGAUGGACUCCCUGCUUGGGGGCUCCCUGGUGAGCCAGUGCCUGCUGGAGCCCCAGAACAGUCUCUCACACCAGAUACACACACAGCAACAGCAACAGCAGCAGCAGCAACAGCAACAACAACAACAACAACAACAGCAACAGCAACAGCAACAACAACAGCAACAACAACAGCAACAGCAACAACAACAACAACAACAACAACAACAGCAGCAGCAGCAGCAGCAGCAGCAACAACAACAACAACAACAGCAACAGCAACAGCAACUGCAGCAACAACAACUUCAACAGCAACUUCAGCAACAGCAGCAGCAGCAACAGCAACAGCAGCAGCAUCAGGUGUGCCAGCAGCCCCAGGCCAGUGGUGGCAGUGGGCCUGAGGUGGAGGAGGAGCUGAUUCAGUACUUCCACAAGAAUUCGGUGGAGCUGGACGACCAGCAGAAGACAAGUCAACUGUCUGAGCUGCGCAAACUGCUGCAGCGCAACCUGCCCAGCGGUCUGCCCCGGGGUGGGGGUGCGCGGCCCCUGGGGGGGGAGGGGGAUAUGCUGGAGCAGGAUGGCGUGGGCGCCGGCGGCAUGCAGCGCCGCGUCAAGUUCCAGCCCACCCUGGAGGGCGGCGAGGUGCUGGGCCUGGUGGGGGGCCAGACGGUGGGCUCGGUGCCCCCGUCCCCCAACACACGCCGCGCCCAGUUUGACUUCCUGCCCAUCAGCACCUCGCUGGAACAGGUGCACGGGGCAGCCUCGCAGGGCUCCAGCGCCAACGCCAGCCCCUUUAUGUCGCCCCGCAACACCCCGCUGCCCCGCUCCAGACACAACUCAGGGCAGACCUCCUCUACCUACGUCACGCCCCGCAGCACCCCCUUCACCCCGGACCAGCCCGGUGGGCUCCACGCGGGCCCCUCUGAGAACAGUACGCCCUUCAUGUCGCCCAUCACCACGCCACUGUACCCGCGCUCCAGACACAACUCCAGCCAGAACCUGCGCACCAUAUACAACACACCGAACUGCCGCUCCAGGCACUCCUCCGGGGCGCCCAGCUUCAGGCACGCCCCGUAUCCAUCCGACGACCCCACGGGGCGGCGGGGCGGCAAGUUUUCAUCACGACACUCCUCCGGCAGUGUGCCGCCGUCGCCCUCCUCUGCACCGCUGUCCCCGCUUGUGCAGGAUGGUUCCCUGCACCAACAGCUGGAGGGUGGGGAGGCGGCAGGGCUGGUGGGGCUGGGGGCAGGCCUGCAGCUGCCCUCCUCCUCCAUGCUGCAGCUCAUCCUCAAAAACAAGCCCACUGGUGGGACGGGGCACGGAGGGGGGGGGCCAGGCAUGAAUGACCUGCGGCGACGGCACAUGUCCGAGGGGCCGCCCGUCCACUACCAGCCCCAGCCACCCACCUUCACCAUGGACCCCCUGGGGCAGGAGGUGACCAGCAUGCUCACCAACCCUCAGCCAGGCACCAGUGCCGCCCCGACCAGCACCGCCAACCGCCCCCAGUCCGUACCUCCGCUGCAGAUGCUGAACCUGCAGGAGGCGUUCACCAAGUCACAGCCCAACACUCCCUUGGUGGGCACAGCCUUCUCCUUCUGCUGUGAGACCAGCCAGCCGUCCUCCUACGCCCCCACGCCCGUCCCCAGCGAGUACAACGACUUCACCGAGAGCUACAACCUGGAGAUCGACCCGCUGCUGGACGUCAACCUGCAGGGUGACGGUGGCGCCUCGGUGGGCCUGGACCCCCUGGACUCCCUCUCCCUGGGCGGACCCCCCUCCACUGACCUAUCCGGCCUCUCUGACCCCCUGCAGGUGCCCCCCAACAUCAACCCCUUUGACACCUUCACGGGGGAGUCCGGCGGGGGCAUGCGGGAGCCCCUGGAGGACCGGGUGCUGGGAGACGGAGCGGGCAUGGGCGGCGGUGCGACGACGGGGUGCUGCAUGGACACGGUGCGCGGCAACGUCAACGGCAUCAUAAUUCGUGACAUCCAGGUGGAGCCACUCACCAACCCUGCCUCCAUGCUCACCCUCAAUGCCCUCAACCGCCCCACCCUGAGCCUGGACGGCGGGGGGGGGGCGGGGACAGGGCUGGAGGAAGACUUUCAGCCCACGCUCGCUGACCUUGGCGACCAAGAAAUGUUCAACAACCUGGUACUGGACGUGAGCAAGGACUGACAGCAGACCGCCAGCUGGGCCAAGUAUCUCACCUGAGUGGGCGGGGGAUGGCACACCUCUUGAAGCCGCCACCGCCUCUGCCGCCAUCAGUACAGCCGCCCAGUCCUGGCACCUCCCGGCACUCCUGGGCUUGCCUCGGCCUGGCCCUGGCAGCCUCGGAACACAGCUGAAAUGUGUUGCGUUGCGUUGUGUUGUGAGUACAGUGACAUGUGCAUGUGUGUGUGUGUUUGGAGUACUCGAGAAAGUGCACGCUGGGAGUUUGUCCAGCUGUGCGUGUGUGUGUAAGUGCUCAUCACCUCCGCUGUGCACCAGGAAAGCUGUGUGCGUUGCCGAAACACUGAACAAAACAAAACAACACUGGAAAACUACUAUGACUACUACAACUACUACUACUACUACCGCCAUCCGCCAACAACCUAUUAGAUCUCCUGGCAGCGACCGACCGCACGGAAGACUGUCACCUGUCACUGCCGCUUAUGAUAAUAUGGAAGAAAACGGAGACAUGGAAAGACAAAGAGAACGGGAGUGAAAAUGAUGGUGACGAUGAUGAUAAAAAGGAGGAAGUGGAUAGGGAUAUACGGAGAAAAGAGGAAGAGGAGGAGAAGAAAGAUGAUAAUAUAAAGAUGAUGAAGGAGAAGGAGGAGGAGGUGGAAGUGAACAUAAGAAAGAAGAAGAGGAGGAGAAGGAGGAUAAGAAUGCAAGAGAAAAGGAGGAGAAAGAGAAGAAGAAAUUGGAGGAGGAGGAGGAGAAGAAAAACGUUACAAGCUUGAACUAAACACAAAAAACAUACACCGCUUGUUUUGUUUUUCUUAUUCUUGUUUAUAUUCUUGCGUUCUGCGUUUAUUGAGAAUCCUCCUCCCCCUCUGUCAGCAUGUCUCCGUUUAUCCAGUUUGUCUGUUUCUCUACUUCGCAAAUCCCGCACAAGGGUUCUUAAAUAAGUUAAAGAAGAAGAGAGAAGAUAGGAGAAGUGAAAGAUGAGAGGGGGAUGAAAAAAGAAGUGAAAGGAAGAAAAAUGAAGAAGGGAAAGAGAAGAGAAAGGAAGAAAAAUGAAUUAGUAAGAAGUGAAAUUGAAGAGAAUGGAAGUUUUAUAUUACCAAUCAUUUGUAUUAUAUUAUAUUUAUUACUUUUAUUAUUGUUUUGACAGUGUGAGGGUUGGGUUGCAAAUAUGUGAGUGAGGGUUCUAAUACACACCUUUUUUUAUAUAUAUUAUUUUUUAUUUUAUUUGUUAACUCCCAUUUCCUUUCUUUAUCAUCUUUUCUCUUUUGAUUCUCAUCUUCGUCCUUGUUAUUUUCCUUUAUUUUGUCUUUUUCUCAUUAUUGUUUUAUUUUUCAUCCUCUUUUCUCUCCUAAUUCCCUUCUUCGCCUUUCUCAUUUCCUUUUCAUUUCAUCUCUUUUCCUUACUUUUAUUAUCUUUUGUCUCACUUUCCUUCUUUUUCUCUAUAUCCCUUUUCUAUUUUUCCUUUCAUCUUUUCCUGUUUUCUUACUUUCCUUAUUCUUAUCUUUCUCUUUUUUUCCCUUCUAUUAAAGCAGCUAAUAUUAUAUUAUGACAUGGAGGCUUAGAUUAGAUUAUUUCCUCUUAUUUUUUCAACAUCACUAUUCUUCUCUUCUUUUCAUCUUCUCUAUCUCAAUUCUCUCUUAUUUCUCCUUUAUCAGUUUUGUAUAUACACUUUUAGAAGCCUCUGAAACUCAUUGAUGAUUUAAAGGAUUGACAAGAGUGUUGGAACCUUCACUUUACUAAUUAACAUGAAAGAAGAAGGAAAGGAAGGGUUUUAGAAGUCUUGUCUUGCUUUGGUCUUGGUACUGUAUAGGGUGUUGGAACCUGUACGUGUGUUUGUGUAAUGGUGUCGAAACCUGUUGGAAAAGGUGUCGGGUGUAUUGCGAUUCUUGGCUUUGGUUUUCUUUAUUUUUUAUGCGUUCGGGAUUUUUUUUCUUUUUUUCACGUUUGCUGUUUUCGGGGAGUGAGUUUUUUUCCCCAAUUUCAUUCUCUUUUCAUUUUUCCAAUUUUUAACUUUUCCAAUGACUUUUUUUUUUCAUUUUUCCUCAUACAGUUCUAGCUAAAAGGGGGACACCAGUGCUUAACCUCCCCUCCCUCCCUUUUCUCCCUUAAUUAGAUUCACCCUUUGUUUACCUCAUUUUCCUCCUUAUUUACCUCAUCAUAUAUCUGCUUGCAAGGAGAUAGAGGGGAGAAGUAGGAAGAGGAGGGAAGGGAGAACAGGGAAAAAAGGCUAAUAGAGAAAUAGGAAAGGAAGGAAGGGAAAACAUGAAGGAAACAGCAAAGAGAGAGAGAGAGAGAGGAGGAGGAGGAAGGAGAAAAAAUGAUGAAGGAACAAGAGAAAAAUGGAAAAUAAGAUAAACGAAGAGAAAGUAAAGGAAGGGAGGGAAAAUAUCAAGAGGAGGAACAGGGAAGGAAGGAGGAGAAAAAAAAAGAAAAACAUGGUAGAUAGAGAUAGAGGAAAGAAGAUUAUAAUAGUGAAUGAAAAGGAGGGAAGGGAAAAUAUCAAGAGAAAGAAGAAUGGAGAGAAAAACAGGAGUAACUAAAUUGUAUCCCUUGCAGUAUCUAUAGGGUGAAACAAGGGAUGGGAGAAAGGGAGGAAAGAGGGUGCAGAGAGAGAGGGGUGAGGGAGGGAGGGAGGCACUGGCAGACACCCUAACCUAACUAGAACAAGUCUGGCCCAGGGACGAAGGGCUCGGCCACCUGUAAAUAUUGUAAGUACGAAGCGCGCGUGUAACAUAACAACAGUGACUCUACAUACUGUGUCGUUUUUUGCAAGUUUUAGCCGAUAAGAAAAUUGAAGCGAAGAUGUGAGGGAUUAUAUUUUUCGUCUACUUUUUUUUUUUAGUUUUUCUCGGUUUGGUUCGGCAUCGAGUGUUUAUAUUAUACCGCCCGAACUGCUGCCGCCACAUAAUUAUCCUCUAUAUAUAUACAAAACGACACGCCUUCCGUAUGUUCGUAUGUCCGUAUCGUAGUUUUAUUUUUCGCCCCCUUGUGUUUUAUCGUUUUUCUUGCGUUUAUUUUUUUUUUAUCUUCGCUCUCGCACAUGACAAACAGCAUUGACAUUAGUGGUUACGUUUUAUCGCUACAAACACAAGGGCAGAUGAUGUACGUUUGGUGCUGUAUAUGGGGGGAGGGACCGUACACACACACAUACACACACACACACACACACACACAUUGCAUACAUUGAUAAAGUGUGCUCUGUUAUGCUCAAUACAUGAUUUAUAUUAUAUGAACUAACUACAUAUUAUUAUUAUUAUUAUUAUUAUUAUUAUUCAUGGGAGGUUUAGUACACUCCAUUUUGUAUCUGUGAUAACGAAAAAAUCCUUACAAAAAGUUUAAUACCUGUAAAAAACUUCCGGAAAAAAACAUUUAAUUUGUAUUGUUAGUUGCCCCUUCGUUCUUAAUAUAUACAACAAGCAUACAUUAUUAUUACCAGUACGGAAUAUAUAUUAAAAAGUGUACCGUUUAAGUUGAUGUAAGUUAGUGAAGAGGUUAGUUGGUCUGCUUCAGCGGCGGGCAAAGAGAGUGAUUGCAGGGUUUUUUUUCUCAUUUUUUGCAACAAAGAGUGCCGGAAAAAAAAAAGCUCGCUACUCACCGCUCCCAUCAUGUGGCAUCAGCUCCCUCAGAUAUUAUACACACUGAUACAUACAAAAAGUGUAGACAGCAGUGUGUUAUUCAAAUUGAUUCAGAUGAAGAAUUAUUUACUUUCUCUCUGGUUUAUUUUCAUCUUACAAGGAUUGGGGAAUGUAGAUUUUUCAUACCACGAGGAUAGACUGAUUAACGACAUGAAAGAAAGGAAGGGUUUUAGAAGUCUGGUCUUGGUACUGUAUAGGGUGAGGAACCUGUAUGUGUGUAAUGGAAAAGGUGUCGGGUGUAUUGCGGGGAAUGUAAACUUUUCAUGCCACGAGCAUAUAUUGAUUAACGACUUGACUGAUUAUAGCUGAGAAAUUAAAGUAAAAAGCAAUGCAGUGAGGUUCCCGAUCUAUACCACUCCCAUAUUUUGAUGAACUGAAUUACUGGAAAGGGGAAACAAAUGCUGUCCAGUUUUUCUUAUAUACCACCAUCACACAAGAGACUGACAGUUACCAAAAGGAGCGAAAAAUUACCAGGCACUUAAAAUUUCAAUACAAAUCACCACCACAUAAAAAUCACUUGACAAUUACCGAGAAAGGGAGAAAAUAGCAUCUGUCCAUUUCUUGUCAACAUAAACCAAUAAGAGUGAAAAAGUAAUUACCAGGCACUCAAAAUUUUCCAUACAAAUCACGACCAUAUAAUAAUCACUUGAAAAUAACCGAGGAAGGGAGAAAAUAGCAUCUGUCCAUUUCCUGCUAAAAUAAAGAAGUUACCAGUGAAAGAAAAACAGCCACUGCCAUUUAGCGAGCACUCUUUGUCACACCCUGGAGCGGACUGUCAUAGCAUUAGGCAGAGCAAUCCAUUAAUCAUAAACUAUCCAUUAUUUAACUCCACGUGUUAUUACAGGCGUAGGUUUAUGAUCAGACAUAUGUGUUAGCGUCUUAAUCGUUUAUACAUCAACAACAAGAACCUUCCACUCAGUCGUCCAUGUUGUAGGAUCUCCCGGAGGUCACUGACGGGGGGAGGGGUCAGGUCAGGUCAAGGCUGGAGAGAGAGAAAAUGAGAGGUCACCACACAUGAUAUUAAAGUGAAAAUGUCCGUUAAUUUAUAGAGGUUAAAAAGCGACCCCAAAAAUUAUUAUGAUGGUAUAAAGGAAGAAAAAUAUAUUGACAGCAGCUCAUUAUAAAAACUGAUAAACAAAAAUUGAUGGACCUUUUAAAACUGAUAUAGCCAAAUGUUGCCAUAGAAAUCAUCUUUUUAUAGAACAACUUAACAAAAAAAUGGAUCAAGUACUGUAUUUCCAUUUUAAACCAUACUCUUUGACAGGUGAUGUUAGAUUUACCUUCCCUAACGAUGUUAUCUACAGUAUUGCUCCUGGUGACUUCUGAUUAAUGAUUCAGCUCGAGAAAAUAACUGUGCAAAGAAGGAAAUCAAGCACGUCAUUUAUUUCUAUUUCAAACCAUUUUCUCUGACUGAUAUUGUUAGAUUUACCUUUCCUAAUGAUGUUACCUUUAAUAUUACACCUGGUGACCUCUAAUUAACUAUACAACACGAAAAUACCUGUACAAAAAAGAUAACCAAGGACUUAUAAUCAAUUUCAAACCAUUUCCGCAUUAGAUUACCUGUCUUAAUUUAGCUAACAAACUACCUUCCCUAAUUAAGUCACCUAUAUUACACCUGGUGACCUCUAAUUAACGAUACAAUGCAAGAAAAUACCUGUACAGAAAAAGAAAUCAAGGACAUCAAUCAUUUCCAUUUUAAACCAUUUCCACAUUAGAUUACCUGUCCUAAUUUAGCUAACGAACUACACCAGGUAACCUCUAAUCAACUAUACAGCAUGAGAAAAUAACUACAAAAAAGAUAACCAAGCAUUUCAUCUGUAUCCAUUUUAAACCACUUCUGCAUUAGAUUACCUGUCCUAAUUUAGCCCCCCAGGUGACCCCCUCCAUCCAACCUGAUUACCCCAGACAGGUGAUAUCCAGGUAGCCACAGGUGACGUGCUUACCUGAACUAGUGAACUGCCCAAAACAGGUGAAUCGUUAUCUACCUGACUAGUUAAUUAGCUUCUGCGCCAGGUGACCGCGUACACUGCCUUGCCUAUGUGCAUGUACACGCACACACACUUACACACACACACACAUAUGACUCAGUGGAUGGUAUAAAAUCAGAAUGGAAAUUGCUUUUAUCAUUAUUAUAUAUUUUUUUAAGUUCAUUUGUAUAUAAUUAGCACAAUAUACACACACACACACACACACACACCAAGCGAAAAAUUCAACUUUUCUCGCGACUUUUCAUAAAAUUCACGAGCAAUUUAGAUUUUUACUUUUUAUUUCAACAUUUGUGAGUGAUACAAUUUUUGGGGGGCGUGUGUGAAUUGGUGUCCAAGGAUAUGAGAGGAAAAAACACCCUUUGUAAAUAGAUAGAUGAAUAGGAUAUGUAAGUAAAUUAAGACACACACACAUACACGCAUUGAAAGAUAAUUAAGAAGUAAGAACCAAACAAGUCUCCUUUUACAAGCGUUUUUUAUAUAUUGUUGUACUCGUAGCGAUGUUGUAGCCGUCAGUGUGAAGAUAAAAAUAAUAAUAAUAAUAAUAAUAGGAAUUACGGCUUCGGCCAAUAAUUGUGUGUUUAGUAGUUAUGCAUUUUGAAAUCUAAACUUUCCUCCGCUUUCUCUCGCUUCCGCUCUUCCUCCUCCCUCUUUCUUUCUCUCUCUUCAUAAAAUCAGUGUCUAGUGGUUGAUAAUUUUGGAAUCUAUACUUUUCUUUGCCUUUCUCUCUCUUCCACUCUUCCUCCUUCUUUCUCGCUCUUCCUCUUUCUUUCUAAAAUCGUGUGUCUAGUGGUUGAACAUUUUGGAAUCUAAACUUCUCUUCUGCCCUUCCUCCUCCUUCCGCUGUCUUUCCUUCUUUCUCUCUCGCCAUAAAAUCGUGUGUCUAGUGGUUGAACAUUUUGGAAUCUAAACUAUUCUCGCCUUUCUUUCUUCCUUCCUCUCUCUAUUCCUUCUCCUCCUCCCUCGUUCUUUCUCUUCCUCUCUUUCUUAAUAAAAUUGUGUGUCUAGUGGUUGAACAUUUUGAAAUCUAAACUAUUCUUGCCUUCCUUCCUCUCUUGCUAUUCUUUCUCCUCCUCCUCCCACUUUCUUUCCUUCUUUCUUAAUUAAAUCUAAACUUUCCUUGUCUUUCUUUCUUCCUAAAAUCAGUAUCUAAUCUUCUCUUGUAUUUCUCUCUGUCCUCCUCCUCCUUCUCUUGCCUCUUGUCAUCCUUCCUUUCUUACUAUUCUCCUUAGUGGUUGAAAAUAUUUGAAAUCUAAACUUUUCUCCCUGUUUCUUCCUCUCUCGUCUUCCUCCUCCUCCUGUCUUCUUCUAAGUGUCUAGUGGUUAAUCAAUUUGAAAUCUAAACAAUUUUCUUCCUUUUCUUCGCCCUGUCUUCCUCCUCCUCCCCCCGUUAUUUUCUUCGUUCAUUGUUGUUUUAUUUGAUUUCCUUCCCAUAUUUUUUUUUUAACUAAUUUCCAGCUUUUCUUUUUAUUAUGCAUUUUUUUUCUCUUUUUCCUUCUAGUUGUUAAUUUAUUUUGUUGUUCUCUGUUUUUGAAUUUUAAGAUAACUAUUAUUAUUUUAUAUUUCUUUCUCUCCUUUCGCGUCAAGAUCGGCGAGAUUAUUAUAUUUUUAUCACUGUUGUCUUCAUUAUUAUUAUUAUUUGUAUUUAUUAUUUCUGUUCGCGCUUUCGUUUGUUUGUUCCCCGUUCGUUUCUUUGAGCUCGGGAUUUUUUUAUUUUUUUUUUAGUCUGGGGCGGAGGCUGACAUGGGCUUUACACACACGCACACACACACUUAAAGACAGAUUCAGACACACACACAUCCCAAAAAACGCACAUGCACAAAUACCUACACGCAUACACACACACACACAUCCCAAAAAACGCACAUUCACAAAUACCUACACACACACACACACACUCUUAAGAAAUGUUUGCUCAGUUUAAAUAAGAAGACGAACUCCUGGUCCUCCCUUGCUUAGUUUAUAGGUAAUAGUAAAUUAAAUAGAUAAAUAAAUAAAUAAGGGAAGUCAAGUAUAAAAAGAAAAGCUGAGAGGGAAAAACAAAAGCUUAUCGUGUUUGUGUAACAGAAUAAUGACGUAAUAUUUAAGGUCAAAGCGAUUUUUUUUUUCAAUCAUCUCCCGAUAUUUUUUUACCGUUUGCAGGGGAAGCGUUCGUGUGUAGAGGUACGUAAGUAAAUAAAGACAAAAACACUACAAAAAACUAUAUAAAAAAAUACAUACACCUUUCUUGUUAAUUUAGUCGGUACAAAUUAUGCUACUACUACAAACAGUUUUAUUAUUAUCAUUAACUAUCAUUAUUAUUACUACUACUCGUACUACUACUACUAUGCUAUUGUUAUACUAUUACUCCCACUACUACUACCGUUGUGUAAUAUAUCUGUACAUGUGUUGGGCGUGGCUGGCGAGCGUUGCCGCCGGGAGCAGUGUCAAAAAAACAGCUUCUCGCUUGGAAGUUUCAGAAAGAGGAAAAAACUUAAACUAAUAAAACAAGAAUAAUGAUGAUAAUUUGACUUGUGUAAGUAAGGAGCGCAGGAAUUUCUUUAGCUAUAUGACUAGUAGAUGAUGAAAUGCUAUUAUUAUUAUUAUUAUUAUUAUUAUUAUUAACCUUUUUGAAAUUAUAUCCUUAAGUAGAUUUUCUAUGGAUUUAUAUAUUAUAUCUAUAUUAAAGAAAAACACACUUGAAAGGUUUUUGUUUUGUGAAUGUGAACCAGUGUAUCUUUAUUUAGUGCUUGGAUUUUUGCAAACACGUCGGUUAGUUAAGCUGUAAGGACCACGGAUGGCUUAGAGACGCAUUGUACUAUCAUUAUAUUAUUUUUUGUAUGUUGUUUUGAAAUGCUACUUUUGCAUGUGGCGGAGAAGGGAGCAAGCGAGCGAAGGUGACGAGAGGAAAGUUCCGAGAAGUGAUUAGUUGUCUCGGAAUGUUUGUUUGUUACUGGAGUCAAACUUUUCUUCCUCAGACGUUGUAAUAGAAAGAAAAGGAAAGAAAUUAAAAAAAAAAAGAAAAGUUCCGAGAAGUGAUUAGUUGUCUCGGAAUGUUUGUUUGUUACUGGAGUCAAACUUUUCUUCCUCAGACGUUGUAACAGAAAGAAAAGGAAAGAAAUUUAAAAAAAUGAAAAGUUACAAGAAAUUAUUGUCUCGGAAAAUUUGUUGUUACUGGAGCCGAACGUUUCUUCCUCAGACGUUGUAUUAGAAAGAAAAGGAAAUUAAUGAAGAAAAGAAAGUUCCAAGAAAUGAUUAAUUGCCUCGGAAUGUUUGGUUGUUACUGAAGUUGAACAUUUCUUCCUCAAAUGUUGUAUUAGGAGGCAAAGGAAAUAUAUAAAAAGUCCUUUGUUAAGCUUUUGUCGAGUUAUGAAAUACUAAAGUUGUGGAAGCUGUUAUUUAAACUUAACCAAAAGAUCAAGAUAAUGUUUCUUUAAAUGAACAGCGAUCAGUUACUAGUGAAUAUAACUAAGAAAGGAUAGGUAAAUUCAAGAAAAACAUAUAUAAAACAGCUAAAAAAUAAACACUAAGACCCAAUAAAUGAAUGACAGAAGCCAAAAUAAAUAGAAAAGAGUGACUAAAGAAAAGAGCAAGGAAGAAAGUGAAAACAAAAUAAAAACACCGGCAACCAAAAAAAAAAAGCUAAAAGAAAAGAGGGAAGAAGAAAGUGGAUGACAGAAAAAUAACAAAACAGAUGAACGAACAGAACAACAAAAAACAAGAUGAAAACAACAACGCAAACUCAUGAAGGCUGAAGGAACGGACCACAGUGAGUGAAGGACAAAGGAAGAACGACAAAGAAAAAAAAAGGAAAGUCAGGAAAACCCGCCAACGCUACCGCUAUGUAUAAACAAUAAUAUUAUAAUCAUCCUUUCCACAAGAUUAUAUUUCUCUUGUAUAAUUAUUUUUUUCGCUCCAGAAUAUAAACAACCCGAGACUGACAGCCCCUCCUCCCUCUCCCCUUCCCUCCCCCCCUGUCCUACCUACCCCAUUGUUUGACUCCAUUAUAGGGGGUUAUGGGGGGUGAAGGGGGCAGGGAGGGGGUGGGGGGUUAGUCUGUCGGUCGAGUGGUCGGCGAUCCGUGCCGCAAACGAUGAGUAGUACAAAUUAAUUUUCUUGAACGCUAUUAUUAUUAUUAUUUUUAUAUUUAAUAUUUUUAUUAUUAUUUUAUUCUGAGGUGUUUUGACUGCAAUGUUAGUGUUGCCGCAAGUGAGAUUUCUGUGUUAUUAUUAUUAUUAUCAUUAUUAUUAUUAUUAUUAUUAUUAUACUAUAUAUAUAUUUUUUCUUUAUUUUUGUCCUGCCCGGCCAGAACUUUUAUCCAUGAUGCUGACUCACUAUAUUGAUCAUUAUUAUUUUUAUUAUUAUUAUUGUUUCUCUGUUCCCGCUGCCUCUGUCUGUCCGAGUGUCUGUCUGUAACGCCCAUUCAAAACUGUUCAACUAGUGGUGAUUUGGAGAACUGGAUUCAUUGACGAUUUUUACAAGUGAUAUUAAUAGUUUGUUGUCACCAGAACCCGAUGUUAUAUAUACAGUCGUUCCUCAAAUAGUUCGGUUUCGGUUUUAUACGGUUUGUCAUGGAAGAUCUUUUAGGAUUUUUAAAUUUCCUGCUCGUUUGGGAAAUUUAAAAAUCCUAAAAAAUCAUCUUAGAAAAUCCACAUAAAACCAAAACUGAACCAUUGGAAACAAUACUAUUUGAGGGAUGACUUACUGCCAAAGUUAAUCAUAAACCACACAAAGAGACCUAGGUGUUGGUAAGAGUAAAAAUUGUCUAUGGGAUACUGGUUCGAGACUUGACCAACAUAGGACUAUUUGAAUCUAUUCUAUACAUCACCAGAUAUACACACAAGAAAUCUAGAUGUCGUAAAGAGUAGAAACCGUCUAUGUGAUACUAGUCCGAACCUUAAGUAAUACCAGACUUCAUUUACCUUUAUCUUUUGACCCCAAACAGACUAUUCUAAUCUCUUCCAUACGACAAGAAAUCUACACAUUGGAAAGAGUUAAAAUCGUCUACAUGAUACCAGUCUGAAACUUAACUAAUACCAGACUUAACCCAUCGUAUAUGCCACCAAGAAAUAAAGAUAGUAAUAAUAAAGAGAUCUAGAGGUUGGAAUAAGUAAAAACCGUCUACGUUAUACUAGUCUGAAACUUAACUAAUUCCGGACUUAACCAUAUAAGUAAAAACCGUCUACGUUAUACUCGUCCAAAACUUAACUAAUUCCGGACUUAACCCAUCGUAUAUGCCACCAAGAAAUACAGCAAUAAAGAUAAUAAAGAGAUCUACAUGUCGGGAAAGUAAAAACCGUCAAUUCACAAACUAUCCCAAUCACCUGUAAAAAUCGUACAAAACUCAACGAACACCAGACUGUAUUUCAACUUUAUUUUCAACCCCAGAAUUCACAAACUAUCCCAGUCGCUUGUAAAAAUCGAAUGCCAGACUGUAUUUCAACUUUAUUUUCAACCCUAGAAUUCACAAACUAUUGCAGUCACUCAAUGAACAUCGGACUGUAUUUCAACUUUAUUUUUCAACCCCACACAGACAGACACAUUAUACAAAGGCGGAGGCAGGGGUGGCAGCAGCAGCAUUGGGCCCUUGUGUUAGGCUGCGGCAGACUGACCUACAAACUACUACUAAGCAAACAUACCUUACCUGUGUAUCUUAAUUCUUCACAUAGAAUAUACCAAUAAUUUGAUGACA